CUUUUACCAUUUUAUUGAACGCUUUGGUUAUGGUUGCCGUGAAAACCAGACGACGACUUCAAACGCAUCCUAACAUUCUGUUGGCUUGUUUGGCGCUUACCGAUCUGAUGGUUGGACUUGUUGUACAGCCUCUUCACAUAGCAAUUACAAUUUUCCUUCUACAAGGUAAAGAUUUUCACGAAUUCUGUGACAUUGAUUUGGCAUUUACUGUCCACCUCGUAAUUUCCUGCUGGGCGUCGUUGUUUCACUUGGUUCUAAUCAACGGAGAGCGAUAUCUUGCCAUUAAACACACCUUCACUCACGCUUCUGUCAUCACUAAAGUUCGCGUCAUGUUUUGCUCUGCUCUGGCCUGGAUUGCAGCCGCCUUAUACCUCCUCAUUGCAUUGUAUUCACGGUUCAUAGCAUUUUCUCUCUUACUAACAGCCAUUACUUCAAUCAUUGUAUUUCAAAUUGUCGUUUAUAAGGAAGUCCGGCGUCAUGAAAAGCAAAUUCUUUCACAGCAAGUUUCCGCUGAGGCCAGAGCAAAAUUUCUACUGGAGAAGAAAGCCUUAAAACUAACUACGAUGAUACUAGUGACAAUUUUUCUGUGUUUCUUUUUUCCGUUGAGUUUCAUAUUUGUUAUAUGGAUUAUUUUCAGUGAAAAAUUUUCAUCGGAUGUUAAAACAUUAGUUCGUCAUCUUAGUCUGGUGGCGGUGUUGAUCAAUUCAUUUCUUAACCCGGUCAUUUACACCAUAAAGAAGAGGCAAUUUCGAGUUGCAUUUGUUGAGUUGUUUUUAAGGAAAAAUUUACAGGAAGCGGAAGAAUUCCAUCGGAGACUCUUUGCAUCGCGACGCAAUGCUGUGGGACAGGAAAAUGGACAACAAGGCGAGGGGCAAGAACGGAAUUCCGAGAAUGAAAAUGAAGCCCACCCGAACGACAACCAUGAAGAUAAUCCUCAGAUCAUCAGUCCUCAUGGCGUUAAUUUCGAUGACAAAAACACUACCGCUACACGAGACAUGCUCGUUUCUUCAAAUGCAUCCAACAGUACAUCCAAGAAGAGACAGGUACAACUUGCAUGGGGAGGGGAAAAUCCUGCACACGAAAAAAAUAACACUUGAGAUGAUAAUCCUGCAGUCCUGGUAAUUGGCCCUAUUCUUGCUGACUUGGAAAAGGACUGACACCGCUCGGAGUGAAAACUCAAACGAACAUGACAGAAAGAAGAACCUGCAGCCUGAUGUAGGAUCAGAGAAAGCGGAGAUAAACCGUUGAACGUGAUCUGUAGAACUGAUCGAUAAAGUAUUCGGCUAGAACAGAAGUGAAGAUGAGAUUGAAAGCAUCUCACAAAAAAAUUGGCCGCGCUAGCAGACUAGAAACGCAGCAAGAAUUUAAAGAAAUGUCCCUUCGAAACAGAUUGCGAUGAUUAUUUGGCAGACUUUGGAUUUUGCUAAAGUAUACUCUUGGGAUAGACGAAACUAGGAUUUUGACAAGCCAGUGAGCAGUGACCUUUUUAUCACAUAAUUGCGGCAAUUGGAGUUGCUCUAUAAAAUAGUACGAUUGACCGGUUUUGAACGUAUAUUUUACUUAAGAACUCUGGUCAAUUCACAGAAACAUUUGCGUGUAAGUAAUGUAGAAAAUAAAUGUAUGAUUGAUGAGUAUUAUGGAAGAACAAUGGCAGCAAAAUUACUUAAAAGCAAUUUACCGAGAGGAAAUACCAGAUAUCCAAAAUAUUUUUUAAAGCGAUUCAACAAACAGACGAUGUCCGUACUUGCGUAAACUUGCUUAUUUAAUUGUCGGCGGCAAGGAUGUAGUUCAGAGUGUCAGUAGAAAAAUCCUUGUAUCCGUGAGUGUUUGAAGCCGCUCUUUACGUAAUUUAAAAUGGACGCACAAAAAAACGCUCAAGUGGGAUUGUUACAUUUGAAAUUGUGGAUAUAUAGUUGAAAAGCCUUUCGCUGUCACAAACAACUGAUUAUCGCUAUUUUCGACUGAGUACUUCAGACGCUUCGUGUCUCAACCCUGCGAAAUUCAUAAAGUUUCAUCAUAUUUCAAGCGGACCUUCACCGUUAAUACAGCACGUUUGCCAUUAGUAAAACGAAUUGCAGUCGGAGAUGACAAUCUCCUUCAGUCUUAGAUUCAUGAAAGAUUAACAAGUGCACAAAGAUAAUUCGAAAUA